AUGACAAAGACUGUGCAACAAGUGCAAUAUUUAUUACGCCUGUUGAGCAACCCAAAACUUUACGAGCUGGUCAACAAUCCGUUUGCGGACCCAGUGAAGCUGGACUCGCUGUUGUCGACGGUCUGCUACGGCUCGUUGUUUGUUUCCGAGCUUAUCAAGAGACGACCGGAACUAGCUUCCCUUCUGAGUAAGCUGGUGCAAAAACUACAACUCACGUCUGUGUUGAGCGUGAUCCGAGUCUACCUGGCCAAACUGAAACAGUUGGUGCCAGAGAAACACUACGUGUGUGCAAAGCAGGCCUUUGUGGGGUCAUUGGAUCCACUGGCCGCGAAACUGCGUCUGCUUUCUGAUUAUAUUGCUGAUGUGCGUAUAUUCAAUCGCAUGUGGGGCCUGCCCGCAUUGCUCGCUUUUGGAAUAGAGGAAAUAAAACAGACGUGGACGUCUGACAGGAGACUGGUGACAAAGCUCCUGGAAAUAACAGACACAGUGGCCAUUGUGGGCUACCAGCCGUUCGAGAACAUCGGCUUCGCUGCAGAACACGGCUGGACAAACCACGGCAGCAGCGCCGCCCUGUGGUAUUAUGUUGUGUCGUCGCGGAUGUGGGCAGUUUUCGUGGCCCUGGAGGUGUUCAAGCUGUCCAAAACCAUGGUCCAGCUAAAAAGAUCCGGCCAACCUCUCAAUUUGCUGUCCAACAGAGAACUCAACCGGCCGUUGAUCUCCAACCUUGCCAAUCUGCCACUAACAGUCCACUGGUCUUUGCCAGAAGGGUGUCUGAGCGACCUGACUGUCGGGUUCCUGGGAAUGCUGUCCACUGUCUUUGACACCAUGGACACAUUCAAGGAGGUGGCAGCUCAGGCGCAAGCUUUAUAA